AGAGUUUAAAAAGGGGGAGACGGUGGAGAGCGCACAAGCCGCUUCAGGAGUCGCGAGGUUCACAGCCUUCGCUGCUGCUUGCGGAUCCGCACCAAGGGUGUGACCCACCGCUCUCCAGCUCGCUUCCCCGGCGCCGCCGAGAUGCUGUCCUGCCGCCUCCAGUGCGCGCUGGCCGCGCUCUCCAUCGUGCUGGCCCUGGGCGGUGUCACGGGCGCGCCCUCGGACCCCAGACUCCGUCAGUUUCUGCAGAAGUCCCUAGCUGCUGCCGCGGGGAAGCAGGAACUGGCCAAGUACUUCUUGGCAGAGCUGCUGUCUGAACCCAACCAGACGGAGAAUGAUGCCCUGGAACCUGAAGAUUUGUCCCAGGCUGCUGAGCAGGAUGAGAUGAGGCUGGAGCUGCAGAGAUCUGCUAACUCAAACCCGGCUAUGGCACCCCGAGAACGCAAAGCUGGCUGCAAGAAUUUCUUCUGGAAGACUUUCACAUCCUGUUAGCUUUAAUAAGUAUUGUCUAUAUCAGACCUUUGAUCCCUCCCUUCCAAAUCCCAUCUCUCUUCCCUAAUCCCCCAAAUCCUCAGCAAGGCCCUUGCGUUAAAAAUUGAAGACUGUAAAUAUCAAAUAAAAUUAUGGUGAGAUUAUGAAAAACAA